GUGAUGCAGUCAGUUGUUGUUAUUACAAUUUUUAGUUCAAUUUUGUUCAAUAGUAGAUAGUUAUAAUCCAUUAAUAGCCGAUUAUAGUCAAAAGUUAAUUUACAUGUUGAUUUAUAUAAAUGAAGACUCCGCGUAAGCCUCCCGGCAGCAUAAUGAGGAAAUAUUAUCAGCUGAUUCUUGUUGUUGUAUGUUUUAUAAGUAUUAUAACACUUUUAAUAUAUCGUCACGAAUACUAUCGGCUUCGAUAUGUAUUAGAAGUGCUUAAUUUUUUUGGGAAGCCAGGCUUGUCUGAAAUUGAGUUUUGCGGUCCCGGCUUUAAUGCGACCAUGCUGUCUGAAAUACUUCGUAAUUCUUCAAUGGAGGUGCGUGAGACUCCACCUUUAUUCCAAGAAAUCGAUGAAAACUUUUAUUCCUAUUCGUCCUUCCUACGAUCUUACAAUAAAUACGAUAAACUUUCGCCUUCAAAUCCGCAUGUUAUAGACACGAUCGUCAUCGGUAAAGCCGAUGUGACGCCGAAAUACCGAUGUAAUAUUUGGCUUGAAAAUAAUACCAAGCCUAAAGCAGGCCGAUUCAACUAUAAAUUAGUGUCUGAUACUAUAAAUAAUUAUCGUUUAUACAUAUUUGAAUGUACAUUGAGCAAAAAUUUAGGAAAACCAAGAGGCAUAAGUUUCUAUGUUAAUGAUUACAAUGUAAACCCUAUGCAUGCUCCAAUCAAUAAAAUGAUUCAAGUUAAUACGAAAAGGAAGCCCAGGGAGAGAAGCAAUAUAAAAUUUGUGAAUAAUAUUGAGCCUGCAAUAUGCAUCAUACCAAAUCGCAUACCAAUAGUAUCGAGAGAUGAAUUUAUUGAAUUCCUAGUAUUUCACCAUUUAAUCGGAGUUGAUUAUUUUACUAUUUACGACAGCAUGAUAUCCGAGGAUGUUAUAAGAAGACUGAAUUUGUUUCCUUCUGAUAUAACACAGUGGGAAAUUCAAUUUUAUCCAUUGAAUUAUCCAUUCUUAUUUUCAAAAUCAUAUGACAUUGUGAGGAAUGCAAUUGAACUGGACUGUUUAUUCAGGCACUUCAGAUAUGAUAAAGAGGAAACAGAUAAAAUAAGCCAUGUUGCUGUACUUUCUUGGGAUGAAUUUUUAGUACCCCGAGUUCAUAAUAACUUUAAAGAUGUUUUAGACGAUUUUGAUCCAACAAGAUCACUACGAACCUAUGUUGUUGAACCUUUAAUGUUUUGCUUGAACCAAAAUGAUGAUGAUAAUGCUGAAAUAGGAUAUCCGGAUAUAACAAAGAAAACUCAUUAUUACACAAUGCCUCAAGACAAAACUCCGAUAAAAAUAAGAAACUUUGAUACUAUGACUUCAUUUGAUGAUCUCUUUAAUCUAACAUCCAGUAUUAAGGAUAUACCUUUAGACUUACUAGGAGCACAUAAGUAUAGUGUAUGUAGAGAUAGCAAAAAAUUCCACCCAGAAGGCUACAAUGAAACAGAAAUGCAGGUGUUCCCGCACAAGUUUGAAGGGGCGAUGCUUAAAUUUGGUCAACCUUUAGUAAGCAAUAAAAUUUAUAGAUUGUAUAGAUCGGGCCAAAUUUGGGAUAAAAGUUAUAAUGACAAUGUCAGAGAUAUGUUAUAAGGACGGCUACUAAUCAAUAUGCUAUUAUGUCCCGUGCAUAAAAUAAAAAAUGCCACAAUGUUUAUAAGUGAAUAGAAUUUAAACAAAAUAGUAUUAUAUACAAAUUAACAUUUAUUACAGUGUGUUAAAUGUGUUGUGCAUUUGUUUAUUAAUUUGUUAUAUCACAAUGUUUUUCAGGGACUGUUGGUUAGAAACAAAGAGAAUGUGUGCCUUUUUAAAAGAUGAGGGUAGUUAGCUAGUUUUAAUCCAAUUUGUAUGUUUUAAAUUCAGUAAAAUUUAUUAGUAUAGGGACCAUUAAUUCAUCGGACAUACUGCCAAGAUAUAGUAUAAUGUAGUCUUUGUUUUUAUAAACAUAGAAAGGCAGGCGAAGAUGAACUAGCAAUGAAGUCUGUAGAUCACCUUAGUAGUAGUACCUUCAUUAAUAGACAAUUAUGGUGGUAUGGUAGGUCGACAGCUGUAACUGACAAUGCCAAUAUUAUGCAAUGGAAUAAUUUUUACACUUGCCUUAUAUAUUUAAAUUUGAACACAGCAGUGGAACUGAUGAAUCAUUUAAUGAGCCAUUUGAGUACUAUAACUCUAUUGGCACCAAAUAUCACCAAUGGGAAGUUUUGAAUUGAAAUAAGCUAUAAAUAUUUAAUCUACUCAUGUGUGGCUUGGCCAUCAUUAAUUUCAGCUUAAUAAAAAAAAACAUAAGUAAUUUUUUUAUUUUUAAUAUUGAAUUUAAAUUAAAACUGAUCUUGCUUUGAACACAGAAUGCCUGAUUAUACAGAUUAUAAUGUAGUUAUACCCUGUACAAGAUAUCUUGAUCUUUUUGACAGAUGUAAAUUUUUCUGAUCGAAAUAACUUUGCAAUAACGAACAUAUUUUCUUAAUUUAAUGAUUUUAAAAAUUGUAAAUAAUUUUAAAAAUACAUGUAAUACAAAAGUUCCUAAAGAUUCAAGCAAUAUCCGAAAAUUUGAAGAUCUUUUCUAUUAUAUAUAUAUUUUCUAUUAUUGCUUCAAAGUAAUGUAAUACAAUAAGUACAUUGUUACAUCGAUCGGACGGUAGGGACGCGAAUAACAGACAGUAAAUGCUACAAAUAUCGAUUACAAAAAUACCCUCCUUAUUAAAGAUCAUUGUUAAGUUUCAUUAAGUUUUGUUAAGUUACGAACGUGGGUACCUUUUGGUUGGGGUCUCUUUGGCUAGUGGUUGGGAUCUCUUUAGCUGGUAUCCUAAUUUGAAUUACGCAUUCCAUCGUUCCAUCGACUGUAAUAUAUGUUAUAUUUUCUGUAUCUCAUCAUUAGCCAGUCUGUCAAAAAGAUCUAGCUAACUUGAUCAGGGUAUAGUAGAGAGUAUGACAGUUGUCUCAAUUCAAUUAAUCUAGUCCAAGUGGUGUAUGAUUGCAGGUAUAUUUUUUUUGUAAUGUUCGCUAAUGUUUUUCACACUAUGAACCAAUUAAAGGUUGUUGUAUUAUUGUAA